UUUAAAUUUAUCCCCGAAUUUUGAUUUUCAUAAAACCAAGAUCUUGAUGAAAUUUUUUAUGAGAGCAUUUGACUACUAAAUAAAGCUAUAAUCAUUAAGCCUAGUUUAAUAAUUUCGCUUUUUUUUUCCCUUGCGUUCUUGAAAAAAUCUGCAGUUUUGUCAAGCGCAUGACAAAUAAAAUAAACUAGCAUUAGGCUAUUUGCCAGAAAUUUUUAUUUUAUCUGAAGAAAAAGCACAAAUACACGGCCAAAAAUUGAUCUUCCCAUUUUGUAAGCAUUCUUACGCCCAGAGUUUGAGUGAAUCAAGAAGUCGAAGAUGGAAAUUGAUGAAGCAAUAAAAGAGAGCGAUGAUAGAAGGUUGAAGACAAAAUACAACAAUGCCGUCUAUGUUAUACAAAGGGCUCUUGCUCUUUACUCUGUUGACGAGCUUGCCUUUAGUUUCAAUGGAGGAAAGGAUUCAACUGUUUUGUUGCACCUUCUUAGAGCUGGCUGUUAUUUGCAUCGUUCCAACUUGGAUUCGGGAGAAGCUGGAAACAAAUUUCCCGUAAGGACAAUUUAUUUUGAGAACCCAACUGUCUUCCCUGAGAUCAACUCAUUCACUUAUGAUACUGCUUCUGCUUACAAGUUGCAGAUGGACAUAAUUCGCCUGGAUUUCAAGUCUGGCCUUGAGGCUCUUCUAAAGGUUAACCCUAUUAGAGCGAUUUUUCUUGGUGUCCGAAUUGGUGAUCCAACUGCGGUGGGGCAAGAGCAAUUCUCUCCUAGCUCACCAGGAUGGCCACCUUUCAUGAGAGUGAAUCCAAUCUUGGAUUGGUCAUACAGAGAUGUUUGGGCCUUUCUCUUGACUUGCAAGGUUCCCUACUGCAGCCUUUAUGAUCAAGGUUAUACUUCAAUUGGUAGCAUUCACGACACGGUUCCCAAUGCACUUCUGCGCUGUAACAAAUCCAGCAACAGUGAAGAUAAAUUCAAACCGGCAUAUUUACUUUCUGAUGGAAGAUUAGAAAGAGCAGGCAGAGCUAAAAAAAUUAUUUCUCAGCCAUCGUCAGCCAAUAAUAUUAACGGCUCGAAAAAUGAGGAUUUAUGUGCAGGAAGAAGUACUUUCACAGCCUCACUCAUUGCUGUUGGGGAUGAAAUCCUAUUUGGCACUGCUGAGGAUCGGGUGGGACCCGUUUUGCGUAGAAAGCUCCAUUCUGUAGGCUGGGCUGUUUCACAUGCCGCAAUUACCAGAAAUGAUAUUGAUUCUGUCGCGGAUGAAGUUGAGAGACAAAAGUCAACAAAUGACAUUGUUUUUGCAUAUGGAGGGGUUGGUCCAUUACCAUCAGACGUCACUAUAGCUGGUGUCGCUAAGGCAUUUGGUGUCAGAAUGGCUCCUGAUGAAGAAUUUGAGGAAUAUUUAAGGCAUCUCAUAGGAGAAAAGUGCACUGGACAUCGGAACGAGAUGGCUCAUUUGCCUGAAGGGAUCACCGAGUUAUUGCAUCAUGAGAAACUGAAAGUGCCUUUGAUCAAAUGCCAAAAUGUGAUAAUACUUACGGCAACAAAUGCAGCCGAGCUAGACCAAGAGUGGGAUUGCUUGAUUGAGUUAAUAAGAUUCGAUGAACAAAUUAGUGAACCAUUUGUGUCCAAAAAACUGGCGGCAUCAAAUCUUUCUGACGGUGUUAUCGGGAAUCAAGGCAAGGACAUAAAGAGAAUUAAUGCUGCUGUUGAAGCAUUGGGCCGGAAGUUUCAUCCUGGCGUGUUUUCUGAAGUCGACCAAAGUACAUGAAAUGUUACAACAAAACGAGUCGUUGGAGAAGCUUAUUAGUGAAGAGAAAAGAAUGUGGGAGGAAAAAUUGAAAAGGAAAUAUAUAAUAUGAAUACUAGGAAAAAUGUUCAGUAUACUUCAGCCACAGGUGUAGUUCUUGCUAUAUUAUUAUGGAAAAAGCUAAUGAUUUUGGCAACAAUGACGAAAAUUUUGUCACUUGAAGAAAAGCAUGAAACGAUCUCAUAGGUAUUUUUAUGAAUGUGAACUAAAUAUAUGUUUCGUUAUCGACUCAAAUUUCUCAUGCCUUGGCUACAUUUUGAGCUGUAAAAUUUGUUCUCUUCGUGCUGUGUGGCAGUUAUUCGAAUUGGGUACACUUCGUACAACCCUUAUAUACGAGCGCUCUCAUGGUAUAACCCUUAUAUACGAGCUCUCGCAUUCAAAUCACCCGAUUCGCAACC